GCGAACCUGGGACUCAGGCGGACCAAGAAAUGUGGCGAGUUCCUGAGCAUGGCGUCCUGGCUCGCCAUGAGGGAGCCGGGCCUCACAACCAAUGUCAUGAAGUCGCAGCUCAACCGGCUGUACGGCCAGCUCUAUGCCGCGCAACAAAACUACGACGACGCGCUCCAGGCCUUUGCCAAGGAUGUGUAUCAUUGCUCUUUGGAGUACGGGACGGAUGAGCCCAGGACUUCUCUUGGAUACUACAAUUUAGGGAAGGUGUUCCAGGCCGCGGGGCGUCUGGAGAGGGCUCUGGCGUGCUUCGAUCGGGUAGUGGAGAUUUGGGUGAUCUCGUUGAGGCUAGCCGUUUUGGAGGAGAGCGACGAGCGCAAGGACCUGCCUGUGAACCGCUCCCAGCUGAUGGAGGUGGUGGACAUGCUUCAAGACAUCGCCGGCCUCAUGGCGGCAUCCCCAAGCCGGCGCCUCUGCACGGCUGACGCCCACGCCGCCACGGCCAUGGCCCUCCUGCACAUCGGGGAGGUGGAGCGCGCGGUUGAGGCCGUCAAGGAGGCUCGACACAGGGCGCCGAGAGGCGACGCUCAGCGAAUGUCGCUGCUCAACUGCGUGGCCAGUGCAAUCAAGAAGGAGGCUGCAAAGUUGGGGCUGGAAGCGAAUGAGGAGGAAGUUUGA